UCGGAAAUGACAUUGGCGGAAGGAAGUUUUAGAAAGUAAAAGAACCGCUGAACAGUGGCGCUUUCUGUCGAUGAGUACAAUUUAAACCGCUUGAAGGCUACAGAUAUUUUUGGUCAGGCCAUUCUGUUUACACACGAUCUAAAAUGUACCCACGGUGCCGUACGUAACAAGCAGUAGAACUCAUGGACAGCACACUACAAGACUCGAGAACAGAGGGCAGUCCUUUCCGAGAGCUGGAUGAGCAUGAAGCUGCUGAAUUUUUAAAUAAUGCCUGUCUGCUGGACGACAGCGACCUGCCGUUUGACGAACGAAGAGCCUCUCAUGAUUUUUCUUCUGUACUCAUUCCUGAAACUCCAAGUCCUGUUGUUUUUAGAAGAAAAGGCCAUUCCCAAGUAACUGAUAAUCAUAGUGGGGCUUCAGUAUGUGGUUCAGAUACCAAAAGAUCACAGACAGGGGAUGUGGUGCCAGGAUAUCUCCACACAACUCCAAACUCUCAAAGAACACUGAAGCGACGUAGACUCCGAGACACUGGAGCAAAUAUUCAAGAAUCACACUUAAAAGGAAAUGGAGGAAAUGGAUUUGUACCCGCCUCAUACCUUUUAACUUCUGACUAUACUUGGCUGGAGUCUCCUCGUGCGCCAUCCUCCACGUUUUCCUCCGCUUCCACUUCUACAGUUUCAUCUUCUGCUGGAGCUCCUGAACCCUCAGUGCUGGACGUUGCUGCUGGUCAAAGUUGCUUGACUGAGAUGUCCCCACGCAGACGAAUUUCUGAGCAAAAAAAGCUUAGAAUAAGUAAUAAGGAUCAGAAAGAACAGAAACCUAGAAGGAAAAGCACCAGAAUUAGUCCCAAGUCCUCUGGAUGUACAUCAACAGCACCUUUGCAGGGAGCAGAGGAAGAGACGUGCAUGCUAGAUACAGAUAAUGAGAGGAGAAAUGAGUCUAUGAAUCCUCCAGCUUGUCAAAUGCAGGAAGAGAUUGUGAUCAUAGAUGAGGAUGAGGAGGAUGAUGUGGUUGUUGAGGCCAUGGUUCGCUCCGUUCAAAUGGCUGAAGAUGAGGCAUUUGCAAGAAGUCUUCAGGAGCAGUUUGACCGAGAGGAACAGCUGCAUCAGGAGGAACGGAGAUCACAGACCACUCAGCCCAACAGACACGGACAUAACCACUCGGUUGAGUCCUAUGUAGGUUUAGGCUGGAUCUCUCCCUGGGCAUCCAUGGUCAACUCGCCAUCGUUCAGAAGCCUGGGGUUUGCAGAGCUGGAGCAGGCAAUGGUUCAUGGGCAGCCUGGUGGGCAAGCAAGACAGCCUCAAGCACGCCGGGGUCGCCGCAGACAGACUUCCCGCCUGCCUGUAGACCUGUUUGAUGACAGCCAGGGCAAUAACUAUGAAGCUCUCUUGGCAUUUGAGGAGCUUCAGGGAACUGCAGUGGCCAAGAACACUCUUAGUAAAGGGGAUAUAGAAAGACUUCCUACAAAAGUCUAUAACCCUACACAUAAUGCUGGGAAAACAGAGUGUCAGAUCUGUUUCUGUGACUACAAAGAAGGGGAGAAUCUGAGAAUGCUUCCAUGUCUCCAUGACUACCAUGUGAACUGUAUUGACCGCUGGUUAAAAGAGAGCUCCACGUGUCCUAUUUGCAGGGCAGAUGUGUCAGAGUGUGGUGGCUUCUCUUGACCUGUUCACUCAGGUCUGAAUCUCUACCUCACAGUAUAGAUGAAAUCAGUUGUAGUCACACCCCCCUUUUUAAACAAUGUCUUAUUCAAUGCAAAAAGAUGGACCAGCACAAAAUGCAUGAAGUAUUCUGACAACGUUCCAGAAAUGUUACAAGAGUGUGUUUUCAGCAGUCUUUCAGGUUCACAAGUUUUUAACUGCUGUUUUUUUUUUUUUUUUUUAAAUAAUAAAUUCAGUUUUUAGAUCA